UAUAAUGUCGCAUAAAUUCUACUCACCAUAGUUUUUAACUUAAGUGUUAAAAACCAAUUUUCCUUGUACAUAGGGAACUCAACAACAUGAGAUUCACAUAAUACCAAAAAAACUUUGCUUCUUCCUCAAAAAACCUAUGGCUUCUACUCCAACACAUAGCAUUAAUGGCCAUGCCCAAGUACCCCCAUAUGAGACAGACACCCCCUAUAGUUCGACUCCGCUUUUCCAGCCAAUAGUUGCUCGUCGGAAUCCUUCCUUUUCUUCAUCGCCGUCGCCGCCACAACCACAUUUAUCAUAUGAUUCAUUAGAAUUCUUAGGAGUUCCAUUUUCUUGGGAAAAACUUCCUGGAAUUCCCAAGCAACAAAGUUCAAAGAAUGAGGAAUCCUCAAGAAAUUUCCUCCCACUGCCUCCUUCUGCAAAAUCAAAUCCCUCCAAGAAACACAAUCAAGAAGAGAUUUCUUCCAAGAAAAUGGAUCCCUUUUUUGCUGCAUUUUUGAAAUGCUCGAAAAAUGACGAAGAUGGAAACAUUUGGAAGGGCUCCAAGAUUACAAGAAGUUUAAGUGCUAGAUUUGGAUUCAUAAACGUGUACACUUCUUGCAAAAGAGGUUGUGCAGUUUCAGAAUCAGUUGUUUAUGUUCCAAGAUCAAGCCCACAUUAUCUUCUUAAUCGUCGUUCGAGUUGAUUAAUUGAGAUCACGAGGAUCCCAAUUUAUGGAUCUAUCUAUUCAAGAAGUCAAACUCGAUGAAUGUAGGUUGAAUGGAUGGCUACAAUUGAUGCAUUCUUAGAUAUACUCUUUUGAUGGUCAUGUGAAUCGGAGACCAUCUAUUUCUCUUUAAUUUUUUACUUCUUUAGUCUUCUAUUUUAAUCUCGAAGGUUCUACGAACUGUAAGGAUAAAUCAACAUCUGAUUUAAUCCGUGUUCGACUACUACUAGCAGUAAGUAUCGAAUUUGCUUUGUCUAGUGCAUGAAGAACUGCAAAAAUUGUCUUAUAUGUAGACCAUAUGCAAUUGCAA